UGCAUGAAGAACCCACCUCAGGAUUCCAAUGAUGAUGAAAACAGUGACAUCACAAUCUCAUCCUUUCUUGUUGCAGGUCUCAGCCUGCCAUUUGCUCCAUUAAGCAAUAAUAUUAGUAGUAAUGUAGAAGUGCAACCAUGGCAGAGAGGAAUUAUGGGGGCCAUCUUUCAUCAGGCUACUCAUUAGCGUAACAACUAAAUCCCUUCUCCCUUUAAGGCCAAAUCUCUUCUUGCAUUAGUUCAGCAUUUUUCUUCACCAUGGAACUAAAAGAAGUUCACACUGGCAUGCCAAAGAGGGUCAUGUCUGGACUCACUGUGGCAGAUCCUGAAGAUCGACUCUUCCUUCGAGAGUCAUUAGAAAACAUAAAUGCUUCCUUAUUGCAUACUCUGAACCACAUCUGUGUAGGUGAAACUGGUGAUAAGUUUUCAAAAGAAGCAUGCAAAGGCAGCAGUUUGGAGACCUGCAGUGAGAACGUGACAGAAAAAUAUCAAAAUGACAUUCAGGAAGUUGGAUACAAAAACCUUCAAGUUAAUGAUGAGAUGCAGGAUCAUAUCAAUGAAAAGAACAAGGAAGCCUUUAAAGCUCUUUCUAAGGGUGAACUUCAGAAAGCAGUUGAACUGUUCACAGAAGCUAUUGAACUGAAUCAAUAUAUUCCCAGUUCCUAUGUUAACCGGGCCCAUGUCUUUAUGCUGUUGCAGGAUCCAGUUUCUGCUAUUAAAGACUGUGACACAGCUAUUGAAAUGAAUCCCAAAUCAGCAGAGCCAUUAAAAUUGAGAGGAAAAGCAUUCAAGAAUUUGGGCCAUUUGAAAGAAGCAGCUUGUGACUUGGCUUUAGCAUCGAAAUUGGAAUACAGUGAAGAAGCCAACGCUGUGCUAAGAAGGCUGAAGUUAGAGUUUCAAAGAAUUUCUGAGAGGCAGGCAAAGUGUGAUGUAAAAUAUAAGGAACCAGUAAUACUGAGGAGAAUUAAAAAUGCCUGGCAAUAUUUACAAAAUCAAGAAAAUGUUCACAGAGAAGUAGACCCUUAUACAACAUUGGAAAAUAAAAAUGAUAAAGAGAAGAUCAAACUAAAUAAAGAUGGUUACUCCCAAGACAUGACUGAUGGAAAUGUGGAGAGAGCUAACAUGUGGAAGCUAGCCAUUGAAAAAAAGAAGAAAGCUUUGGAUGCAGUGGAGAAGGGAGAAUUAGAAAGAGCCAUUGAACUGUUCACUGAGGCAAUCAAAUUAGCUCCUCAGUUUACAAAUUUAUACAUUUGUCGAGCCAGCACCUUUCUGAAGUUGCACAUGCCAAAUGCUGCCAUAAGAGACUGUGACCAUGCCAUAAAAAUUAACCCUAAUGCAGCAUUGCCAUACAAGUGGCGUGGGGGAGCUUUUUAUUUGUUGGGCUACUGGGAGAAGGCUGCUAAAGAUCUUACUUUGGCUUGCCAGAUGGAUUAUGAUGAUGACACCUAUUCUAUGCUGAAGGAGGUACAAGCAGAAUUCCAGAAACUCUGUAAAACUGAGGGCAAGCUUGAAGAAAAAUAUAACAAGGAGGAAUAUAAGGAAAUGAUGAAAAACAAGGAGGAUCAGGAGAGAAUGCAAGCAAAGGUGUCUCAAGAGAAACGAGAAAUGCCACAAAGUGUUUUAGAAAAACAGGGAAGAAGUACAUUUAAAACAUUUCAAUAUAAUCAUUCAGCAAACCACCCAAAGAUCCCAUUUUAUUUUCCAGAGGGACAUGGCAAAAUUUGUACCAUGUAUGUAGCAAAACAUGAAGAAGGUGAGCUUAUAGAUCAAGGAAAGCAUGACCCAUCUAAACUGCAGGAACUGGGGAUUCAGGAGAAAACUAAGAGGAAUGAAAAAUACCCAAAUUGGUCUGAGAGUGAGGACAGUGAAUUGGAUAUUGACACUGAAGAAAUUAUUGAGCCAGAUGGUGAUGUUCUUCAGGAGAUGGGAGAUGAAAACUUGAAGGUUACAGAAGAAAUGAGGAAGCAGGCCAAUGAAAAGAAGAGGGAUGCCAUUGAUGCAGUCAAUAAAGGUGAACUUUUAAGAGCUUUAGACUUGUACACUGAAGCUAUUAAGCUCAAUCCACAAUGUACAAUCUUAUAUGCAAACCGAGCCAAGGUCUAUCUGGAGCUUGAAAAGCCACAUGCUGCAAUUAGGGACUGUGACAAAGCCAUCCAAAUCAACCCUGAUUCUGCACAGCCCUACAAGUGGAGAGGGAGAGCACUACAGUUUCUUGGUUACUGGCAGAAGGCUGCUAAAGACCUUGUGUUAGCCUGCCAGUUAGAUUACGAUGAAGAAUCCUAUGCAAUGUUGAAGGAGGUACAACCCAAAGCUCAGAAAAUUGCCAAAUAUUGGAGGAGGUGGGAGAAGAAAUUUCAGGAUGAAAAAUAUGAGGCACAAUUGGAUAAGAUUCAAAGUGUCUGUGCGGAAGAUAAAAGAUCUCAGUGUAAUAUACUGGAACUAGAAAGAGAUUAUUAUAAGGGCACUAGGGAACACCAACAGAGAUAUUGGGAAGAAACCACGAUGGAGCAACAAAGAGUCAAUCAAACAGUGCUGAGAAAAGAAAAAGGUAUGUCUCAGGAGAAAGAACUGGAGACAAGGAAACAACACAGAUAUUUUGAAAGGGAAAUGGAAGAAGAAGAAAACUUUCAGCAGAAAUUGCUGGAAGAACAAGAUAAUUUUCAGCCAAGGGAACUGAAAAACCAGGGAACAGUUCAGCAGAAAGAACUUGAAGAACAGCUGAGAGCUCUUCAGGAGGAGCUGGAAGAAAAGCUGAGAUAUUAUCAAGAACAAUUGGAUGAAGGUGAAAAUGUUAUGCAGAAAUUAUUAGACGAACAAGAAAAAUCGCAGCAGAAGGUAUGCCAUGAACAAGAAAGAGAAUACAAAAUGAUCCUAGAAGAACAACAGAGAAUCCAAAUGUUGGCUCUGGAAGAAUUGACAAGAUCCCAGCAAGAGGCUAUAGAGGAAUUGACAAGAGCUGAGCUAGAGGCUAUAGAGGAACUGGCAAGAGCUCAAAUUAAGGCCCUUGAGGAACAUGACCAAGUUCGGCAACAAAUCCUAGAAGAACAGGAAAGGGCCCAGAAAGCUCUUGAAACUCUGGAAAAAGCCCACAAACAGGCUUUGGAAGAACAGAAGAAUGCUCACAUAACUGCCAUAGAAGAACAGGAGAAAGCUCAGGAAAAAUCACUAGAAGAAAAGAAGAUGGCUGAAGCAGCUUUAGGAGAACUCUUGAAGACCCAAGAAAGGAUCAAAGAAGAGCAAGAAAGGGCUGAAAAGAAAGCCAGAGAAGAAAGAGAAUGUACUCAGAAAGCCCUGGAAAAAUUAGAGAAUGCUCAGAAGAAGUCUCUAGAGGAACAGGAAAGGGCCCAGAAAGCUCUUGAAACUCUGGAAAGAGCCCACAAACAGGCUUUGGAAGAACAGAAGAAUGCUCACAUAACUGCCAUAGAAAAACAGGAGAAAGCUCAGGAAAAAUCACUAGAAGAAAAGAAGAUGGCUGAAGCAGCUUUAGGAGAACUCUUGAAGACCCAAGAAAGGAUCAAAGAAGAGCAAGAAAGGGCUGAAAAGAAAGCCAGAGAAGAAAGAGAGUGUGCUCAGAAAGCCCUGGAAAAAUUAGAGAUUGCUCAGAAGAAGUCUCUAGAGGAACAGGAAAGGGCUCAGAAAGCUCUUGAAACUCUGGAAAGAGCCCACAAACAGGCUUUGGAAGAACAGAAGAAUGCUCACAUAACUGCCAUAGAAAAACAGGAGAAAGCUCAAAAGAAAUCGCUAGAAGAAAAGAAAAUGGCUGAAGCAGCUCUAGAAGAACUCUUAAAGACCCAAAGAAAGAUCCAAGAAGAGCAGGAAAGGGCUGAAAGGAAAGCAAGAGAAGAAAGAGAGAGUGUUCAGAAAGCCCUGGAAGAAUUAGAGAUUGCUAAAAAGAAGUCUCUAGAGGAACAACUAAAAGCUCAGAAAGCCCUGGAAGUUCUCGAAAGAGCUCAUAAACAGGCUUUGGAAGAACAGAAGAUAGCUCAGAUAGCUGCCCUAGAAGAGCAGGAGCAAGCAUGGAAAAAAUCACUAGAAGAAAAGAAGAUGGCUGAAGCAGCUCUAGGAGAACUCUUAAAGACCCAAAGAAAGAUCCAAGAAGAGCAGGAAAGGGCUGAAAGGAAAGCAAGAGAAGAAAGAGAGAGUGUUCAGAAAGCCCUGGAAGAAUUAGAAAUUGCUAAGAAGAAGUCUCUAGAGGAACAAGUAAAAGCUCAGAAAGCCCUGGAAGUUCUCGAAAGAGCUCAUAAACAGGCUUUGGAAGAACAGAAGAUAGCGCAGAUAGCUGCCCUAGAAGAGCAGGAGCAAGCAUGGAAAAGAUCUCUAGAAGAAAAGAAAAUGGCUGAAGCAGCACUGGAAGCACUCUUAAUAGCUCAGAGAAAUAUUAAUAUAGAACAAGAAACAUUUCAGAAAAAAACAGUAAAUGAAAGAAAAGCCAGUCUCAAAGAAUUAGAGAAGAAGGCUCUGGAGGAACAGGAAAAAGCUCAGAAAGCCCUGCAGGCUCUCGAAAGAGCCCAUAAGCAAGUGUUGGAGGAACAGAAACAAGCACAAGAAAUAUCUCGAAAAGAAAAGAAGAUGGCUGAGGAAGCCCUAGAAGAACUCUCAAGGAGGCAGAGAAAGAUUCAAGAAGAACAGCAAACGGCUGAGAAGAAAGCAAUGGAAGAAAGAGAAAUACUUCAGAAAAAGAUAGAACAAUUACAGAUGGCCCAGAAGGAGGCCUUGGAGGAACAGGAGAGAGCCCAGAAAGCUCUUAGUACUGUAGAAAGUACUCAUAAACAGGCCCUGGAAGAUCUGAAGGCAGCUCAAAUGGCUGCCAUGGAAGAACAGGAGCAAGCACAGAAGAAAUCUCUAGAAGAAAAGAAGAUGGCAGAGGCAGCCUUAGAAAAACUCUCAAAGGCUCAGAGAAUGUUUCAAGAACAGCGACAAAAGGCUGAGAAGCAAGCAAUGGAAGAAGAAGAAAUACUUCAAAAAAGGCUAGAAGAACUGCAGAUUGCUCAGAAGAAGGCCUGGGAGGAAAAAGAGAAAGCUGAGAAUGAACAGGAGAGAGUUCAGAAAGCUCUUAGUUUUGUGGAAAGUGCUCAUAAACAGGCUCUAGAAGAUCUGAGGACAGCUCAGAUGGCUGCCAUGGAAGAACAAGAGCAAGCACAGAAGAGAUCUCUAGAAGAAAAGAAAAUGGCAGAGGCAGCCUUGGAAAAACUCUCAAAGGCUCAGAAAAUCUUCCAAGAACAGCAACAAAGGGCUGAGAAGCAAGCAAUGGAAGAAAAAGAAGUACUUCAGAAAAAGUUAGAAGAAUUACAGAUUGUUCAGAAGAAAGCCUUGGAAGAACAGGUGAGAGCUGAGAAGGCUCUGGGUGCUCUGGAAAGUGCUCGUAAACAGACACUAAUUGAACAAGAGAAAGCUCAGAGGGCUGCCAUGGAAGAACAAGAGCAAGCACAGAAGAGAUCUCUAGAAGAAAGGAAAAUGGCAGAGGCAGCCUUGGAAAGACUUUCAAAGGCUCAGAUAAUCUUCCAAGAAGAGCAACAAAGGGCUGAGAAGCAAGCAAUGGAAGAAAAAGAAGUACUUCAGAAAAGGCUAGAAGAAUUACAGAUUGUUCAGAAGAAAGCCUUGGAAGAACAGGUGAGAGCUGAGAAGGCUCUGGGUGCUCUGGAAAGUGCUCGUAAACAGACACUAAUUGAACAGGAGAAAGCUGAGAGGGCUGCCAUGGAAGAACAAGAGCAUGCACAGAAAAUGGCUAAAGCAACCUUGGAACAGCUCCUAAGAACUAAGAGAAAGUUCCAAGAAGAACAGCAAAGAGCUGAGAAACAAGCAACAAAAGAAAGAGAGGCACUUCGGAAAGAAAUGGAAGAGUUAAAAAUUGCUCAGAAGAAAGCCUUGGAGGAACAAGAGAAAGCUCAGAAAGCCAUGGAUGCUCUGGAAAAAGCCCAUAAACAGGCUCUAGAAGAACAGGGGAGAGCUCAUUUAUCUGCAACUGAAGAACAGGAACAAGCACAGAAAAACUUUUUACAAGAAAAGAAAAUGGCUGAGGCAGCUCUGGAACAACUCUUGAGAAAAGUCCAAGAAGAGCAAGUAACAGCAGAGAAGAAAGCAAUGGAGGAAAGAAUGAUAGCCGAGAAAACACUAAAAGAAUUAGACACUGCCCAAAAGAAGGCAUUAGAAGAUUUAGAAAUGGCAAAGAAAAAAGCCAGAAAAGAACAGGAAAAAGCUCAGAAAGCUCUUGAUUCUCUUGAAAAAGCACAUAAGCAACUUCUGGAGGAACAAAAGAAAAUGCAGAAAAAAUCUCUAGAAGAAAAGAAAAUGGCCGAAGCAGCUUUAGAGGAACUCUUAAAGACUCAGAGAAAGUUUGAAGAAGACCAGAAAAGGGCUGAAGAGAAAGCAAUGGAGGAAAAAGAGAGAGCUCAAAAUGCUCAGGAAAAAAUAGAGGCUGCUCAGAAGAAUGCCCUUGAGGAACAGGAAAAAGCCCAGAAAGCCUUAGAAGCUCUAGAAAAAGCUCAUAAACAGUUCCUAGAGGAACAGAAGAAAGCACAGCAAAACUCUCUUAAAGAAAAGAAGAUGGCUGAUGCAGCUCGAGAGUUGCUCGCAAAGGCACAGAGAAAGAACCAGGGAGAACAGGAAAGGGCUGAAAUGAAAGCUAUAAAAGAAAGGAAGAUGAGUCAGAAGUCCCUAGAAGAAUUAGAGCUUGCUCAAAAGAAAACUCUGGCAGACUUAGAAAUAGCUCAGAAAAAGGCCAUGGAAGAAAGUGACCUUGCUCAAAACCAGGCCAGAGAAGAACAAAGAAAAGCACAUUUGGCUAGGGAAGAACUAGAGAGAGCACGUGCCAGGGCCAUAGAGGAGCAGCAGAGAGCUCACACAAUAGCUUUAGAAGAACAGCAGAAAACUAAGAAGAUGCUUAUUGAACUAGAGGAAACAAGAAGAAAAUUCUUGGAGGAACAAGAAGAGGCAUAUUUGAAGGCUCGAGAGGAACAAGUGAGAGUUCAUUAUGCCACACAGGAAUUAGCCAAGAUUCAAAAGGCAGCUAUGGAAGAGCAAGAGAGAGCUCGGAAGACCGCCAUAGCAGAACAGCAGAAAGCUCAGAUGAUGAUGGAACAAUUGGAGGAAAAACAGAGGAAAGCUCUGGAUGAACAGGAGCAAGCACGGAUGAAGGCCCUUGAUCAACAAAAGAAAGCUCAUUGUGCUAUGGAAGCGCUGACAAAGGCUCAAAAGAUAGCUCUUGAAGAACAAGAAAAGGCUCAGAAAAAAUCCAUAGAAGAACAAAAGAGAGCUCAAGUUGCCGUGGAUGAACUACAGAAAGUACAAAAAGAGGCCUUGGAGGAAAUGGAAAGACAACAGAACCAAUAUCCAGCAGAAAUUCAAGAGCCUGUUCUUAGAAAGAUUAAUGAAGCAGGCAAAAUAAUACAUAAAAGGAGUUCUAGUGACCCAGAAGGAACUCAAAAUAAAGAGCUGAAUGUAAUUCAUAACAAGCUCUGUAUUGAGCAAGGCAAGGCUACCAAAGACCUAGAACUGAAAGAACACCCACAAUGUCAGAAGAGCACAGGACCUGACAAAAGUUCCGAAAUACCAUUCCUUAACACUGUUUUGGACUUUUUUCAAACUGAAUACAUUCCAGAAUUCUGAUCCUGUGUAAUCAUUAGAAAAGGUUGAACUGAUUUUGAAGGCCAUCUGCAGGUGUUGUAUAAAUUAAAGUAAAACUGGGAAAGAAGGAGUAAAAUGAGAAAUGUUUUUGUUUUUAAAGGGCUUCCGAUAUCCAAAGUUGGGGACCCCCUACCUGGAAUUCCGAAAUGUUAAAUACUCCAGAAUCCAAAAAUAUGCACAUGGGUGGCUGACGUAGUGACAUCUUUGUCUGCUUCCGGUUCUGUGUAUAUAAAGUUUGUGUCAUGCACAAAAUUAUUUUAAAAUAUUGCAUAAAAUCACCUUCAGACCAUAGGUAUAAGGCAGGGGUCCCCAAACUAAGGCCCGGGGGCCGGAUGCGGCCCUCCAAGGUCAUUUAUCUGGCCCCUGUCCUAAACUUUAGACUUAGGAUUGACCUAAGUCUACCUGGUCUUUGGAGGUCUCUUUGCUUAUCUAUGGUCUUAUGAGAGCGUCUAGAUGGUCUUCGAAGGUCUCUUUGCUUAGCUACGGCCUUAUGAGACCAUCUAGAUGGUUUUUGGAGGUCACUUUCCUUACCUAUGGUCCUAUGAGACCGUCUAGAUGGCCUUGGAGGGUCCCUUUCCUUACCUAUGGUUUUAUGAGAGCGUCUAGAUGGCCUUUGGGGGCACCUUUCCUUCUCUAUGGUCUUAUGAAACCAUCUAGAUGGUCUUUGAGGUCCCUUUCCUUAUAGAUGGUCUUCUGAUGGCCUGAUGAGAUCAUCUAAAUGGCCUUUGGGGGCCCCUUUCCUUACCUAUGGUUUAUGAAACCAUCUAGAUGGUCUUUGAGGGUCUCUUUCCUUACCUAUGAUCUUAUGAGACCAUCUAGAUGGUCUUUGAGGGCCCCUUUCUUUAUCGGUGGUCUUCUGAUGGCCUGAUGAGAUCAUCUAAAUGGCCUAUGAGGGUCCCUUUCCUUACUGAUGGUCUUACGAGACCAUCUAGAUGGUCUUUGGAGGUCCCACCUAUGGUCUUAUGAGAUCGUCUAGAUCAAGGGUCCCCAAACUAAGGCCCAUGGGCUGAAUGAGGCCCUCCAAGGUCAUUGACCUGGCCUCUGUCCUAAACUUUAGACUAAGUCUGAAAUGACUUGAAGGCACACAGCAACAACAAUAAAAAAAAAAAAACAAUUUUGGGCUAUUUCAUCAUAGUCCGGCCCCCUAACAGUUUGAGGGACUGUGAAUUGGCCCUCCACUUAAAAGGUUUGAGGACCCCUGGUAUAAGGUCUAUUCCGUGAUUCCCAAACUCUAGUCUGCCAGGUGUUUUAGACUUCAAUUCCCAGAACCCUCAGCUGCCUUGCUCAGUGAACAGGGAUUCUAGGAGCUGAGCUCCAAAAUAUCUGGCAGAUCAGAUAAUAAUGAAUAUGAAACAUAAAAUAUUUUUGUGUUUUGACUUUGGUCCCAUCAGGAAGAUCAUUCAAUAUAUACAUAUAUAUAUACACACACACAACCGAUACUUACAAAUAUGUAUCUGCAUGCACACAUACAACACAUGCACACACAGAUAUACAACAGUUACACAUGGGAAAAACGUUUUGAAUAUGAAUGAACACUAUAGUCAAGGCAAAAUCUGAAAACCAGUAACAUGCAUUGACUUUUCCGCUUGACAAAUUUUACAGUGGUAUUGCAUGUUAGUCAAAGAUAGUGACAUUUCUCUGUUGGAAGAAAUUACAUUGAAAUAACUGUUAUUUUAUAAAAAAAUCUUGGUCUUGUCUUUAGUCUGUGUGAAAUAAGAAUUCUGUAAAUGUAACAGCUCAUGCUUGAGGCAAGCAGGUCCCUCCCCAUUAAAUGCUAGAGAAAGCCCCUUUUCAGUCUAUGAGCCACCCCUGCUAUAAUAUUUCAAUAACUUUCGGUUUCUCUUACAAUUAUUUCUGCCUCAAAAAAGAAUCUUUUUAUAUGUUCUUUGCAAAAAGGGGAAGUCAGGGGACAAUACUGGUUUCUGCUGCCAACAUUUAGGAUAUCUGUAUCUAUAUCUAUAUAUACACACAUAAUCAAAGUAAAAAUGUGUAUGUGGCACGGGUGUCUGUUCACACAGACAGCCUCCGGCCUCCACAAACAGGCUAUAGUUCCCAGUACUGAGGAGCCACCAAAUCAGUCCUUCUCAGGACAUUGCUGGUUAUGGCAAGCACAUCCCAGUGUUCCUUUCUCUUGCUAUUUGCAUGACCCUGCCCACUGCCUCGCCCUUAACCCUUUCCUACCCUUUCCUAUGGCACACAGCAAACAGAGGAAUUGAUCAGCAACUGAACAUACUGGAGAGAGAGAGAGAGGUUUGGGGAGAAUUCACCAUGAUUUAUAGGAGUUGUAGGUGCUGGGAUGUAUAGUUCAUCUGCAGUCUAAGAGCACUCUAAACCCCACCAAUGUUGGACCUGGAAAUCACUUGGCACACAGACCCAACAUGGCCACAUUUGCAUGCUGGCGGGGUUUGGGCGUGAUUGAUCUUGACAUCCAAGAGCAGUAGUUCACCCAUAUUCAGAGAACACAGCCCAUCUGAUGACAGAUCUGGACCAAACUUGGCAUACAGGCCCAACAUGGCCAACUUGGAAUACUGGCAAACUUUGGGGGUGAUUGACCUUUAACUCUGGGGGGGUUAUAGUUCAUCUGUAUUCUGUGAGCCCUAUGAAACUCACCAAUGACGGAUCUGGACCAAACUUGGCAGAAAGACCCAACAGCCAACUUUGCAUACUGCUGGAAAUUGGAGGGAUUUACCUUGGCAUCAGAGAGUUAUAGUUCACCCAUAUUCAGAGAAUACUGAACCCAGCAAGUGAUGACUCUGGACCAAACUUGGCACACAGACCCAACAUGGCCAACUAUCCAUACAAAUCUGGGAGUUGGAGUUCACCCUUACCAAACUGGACCAAAUUUUAUUGAUAUUACCUAACAUGCCAAAACAAAUAAUGCCUUCUUCUAAUAACCCGGACCUGCAGGCCUCCAAGCUAGUAUAUAAUAAAAGUCAGUAUUUGUAUGCAUGUAUGUAUGUUUGUUUAUGGGUAUGUGGCAGAUUUCUGAUUGGCUGCUGCUUUCAAGGGCCACUGCGACCGCCAUGAAGGACUGACCUGGACCAAACUUGGCAUACUUAACCCCCAUGAACCAUUUCAUGUACUGGUGCCAUUUCUGGGAUGAUGGACCACGGAUGAUGGGAUUUUCAGUACUUUCAAUCACUUCGGCUCCCACAGACCAUUGCGAUGCCCACCAGUGACAGACUUGGAUCAAACUUGGCACACAGAACCCCCAUGACCCCCUUUCCAUCCUGGGCCAGAUUGGGGGAGGACAGACCAGGAAUGAUGGGACUUCCGGUACCUUCACUCACUUCUUGAGACCACUACAACUGCCACAAAUGACAGAACUGAAUCAAACAUGGCACACAUAUCCCAAAUGACACACUUUAGACGCUGUAGCAGUUUGGGGAGGAUGGACCAAGGAUUAUGGGAUUUGCAGUACCUUCACCCAAUUCACUUCCCACAGACCAUUGCAACCCCCACGAAUGACACAACUGGACCACACUCGGAACACAGAUGCAACGUGGCCCACUUUAUACCCUGGUGUGGUGUGGGGAAGGAUGGACUAUGGAUGAUGGGACUUGCAGUAUCUUCACUCACUUCCUGAGACCACCCACCAGUGUCUGAUCAAGACCAAACUUGGCACACAGUCCCUAUGACCCACUC